UAGCGAAUGACAACCACCUAAAGAGACUACGAAUUUAGUGCUUAUGAUUGAGACUGGCUGGUCUUGUUGGCUUUAUUAUCGUUUACCCUUAAUUGUCGCAUUACUCUUGUUCCAAAUCACUUGCUACUGGGUAAUUGACAUCUAAUAAUACCAGAAAGUUUUCAAUUUAAAAGGCUCUCGGGUCCCAUUUUUGUCAUCAUUAUUCGUCCAGUAUUAUAAUAACAACACCAAUUAUAAUGCUACUUUUUGAAGGCCCUUCUCUCAGGUUGGCCUGUGAUCGUUGUCACAAGCGAAAACAGCGAUGCACACGCACAGGUAUCAGCGACAACAAGCCCUGCGAACGAUGCACUGAGGCUGGUGCACAAUGCGUCUAUAGUCCACCAAGCCGUCUAGGACGGCCGAGCAACAAAUCAAAAAGAGAGAGAGAACGAAGUAAUUCAGUGGCUCAACAUAGCAGUGUGACUUCAUCCGCAAAAAGUCUCCCUUCAUCUACUACGACGACACCCCCUCCUCCGUCUUUAUCAUCGUCUUCUUCCCCAUCAUGUAUGCCGGUUACUUCAUCACGAAAUCGCACAAAACCAAGAAGAUCGCAGAGCACAGCUACGGCUGUUUCAUUACGAGUCGGUGCGUCUUCACCAUCAACACCAUCACAGUUCUCAGAGGGAGUGUCUUCCCCUUCAUCUUAUCAUUUUGGUUCUCCGCCACUUCAUGCCUUAGACGUGGUUAACACAACACCCUUUCAACAUGCCCUAAUACCACGUUCCCAACCACGGCAAUACCGCGAAGAACCAGUUUUAGGACCACUUUCGUUCACGUCUCGGGGGCAUAAUAAUGACGGUUUAUCCGUUGCCCCAGGGCAACAGCAGGGAUGGAAUAUGAUCUCUCACCACAAUAAUAACACUUUGCUUGGCUCAGAGCCAUACGAUAACCAUGUGGCGUUGAUGAGCCAGCAGCCUUUAUAUGACACCGAUAUAUGGUCCAAUACACUGGCCUCUCCUAAUUCCUUACAAUUUCAUCAGACAGCCGAGGAGCCACUGAGGUUAGUUGACCCCAACACUGUAGAAUAUGCCAGGUGGAAAUGGAAUAGCAACACCGCCGAAGAUCCAAAUGUGCCAAUGAAUAUUUCUACACCAGUAACGAUGACAGGUGAUGGAAACCAGCAGUGGGCCUAUUAUUGGUGAUAUUUCAAUCUUUUCUCCCUGGCUUUUACAUGUGGGCCGCGGUCUUGUCCGAUAGACGAAGGAAAGCUACGAAAUCUGCGAAAUCCGUUAUCUUCGAAUAACUACGUGUUGCUGCAAAAAAAGGCAGCAACAGGUUUAAAUUAGACUGCAGAGAUCCUCUAAGCCUUACAAGAGCUAUAAGCUCUAAAGAGGCACUGGAUUGACUAUUGCCAGCAAAAUACAUAUACAUGUAUAUUAUUAAUCUACAUCUUCACGUAAUAUAUGUUAGAAUAUGUCAGCUACGAAAAGUCCAC